CCUGUGGCAGCCAUCUUGUUAGAGUCACAUCCGGAGCGUCCCAUCCGCCAUUUCAUCCUGCGGAAGGAGAGAUAAAAUGAGUGGCUGCAGAGUGUUCAUUGGGAGGCUGAGUCCCCAUGCCCGGGAGAGAGAUGUGGAAAAGUUUUUUAAAGGGUAUGGACGGAUCAGAGAGAUAAAUCUGAAAAAUGGAUUUGGAUUUGUGGAAUUUGAAGAUCAUAGGGAUGCUGAUGAUGCAGUCUAUGAACUGAAUGGCAAAGAACUAUGCAGUGAAAGGGUCACAAUUGAACAUGCCAGGAAUCGUAGAGGACGAGGAGGAAUGAUGGGAGGUGGAGGUGGUGGAGGGAGGUAUCCCAUGCGCUUUGGCUAUCGUCAGUCUAACACUGGUGGACCAAGUAGGUAUGGACCUCCAGUUCGAACCGAGCAUAGGAUUAUCGUGGAAAACCUCUCCUCACGUGUCAGCUGGCAGGAUCUAAAGGAUUUUAUGAGAAAGGCUGGCGAAGUGACCUAUGUGGAUGCACACAGAAGCAACAGGAAUGAAGGGGUUGUGGAGUUUGCAUCCUAUAACGAUAUGAAAAGUGCUAUGGACAAGCUGGAUGGUGUUGAACUAAGUGGUCGCAAAAUUAAAUUGGUUGAAGAUCGCAAAAAGCACAGAAGCAGAUCUCGUUCGAGGAGCUACUCUAGAUCCCGCAGCAAGUCGAAGUCUCGCGGGUCCUCCAGGUCUGCAAGUAGAUCUCGUUCUCCCAGCCGCACGCCUGAGAAGAAAUAUCCUCCGAAAAGCAGCAGUGCAGAACCUGCUCAGGCUUCUCCAUCUCCUCGUUCUACCAAGCGUCAAUCCCGCUCGAGUUCUGCGGACAGCCGCAAUUAACUAAGUUGAUGUUUUAGAAUACAAAUGUAUACUGCUGGGGAAGGUCAUCAGCCCCUAUAUAGAGAUGACAAUGAAGAGUGAUAUGCGCAGGUAACAACCUGUUACAGGCAGAGGUAUAGUUGGCCUAGUACUUUAUUUUUCCCACUUCUGGUAAUUUGCUUAAUUUCUUCAUACCUUGUUGUCACCCACCCCCCUCCAAAUCAAGAAAACAUAGCCGUGUAUAUUUUUGGAUUACCUUUAAGUUAAUGAUUUUAAGAACUGAAAGCUAUUUCCACUUGCAAACAAUUUUUGCCCCUUUCUAUUGUCUGCAACUAUCCCCUGACUUGUUAAAAAUUGAGUGACUUAAUGAUGGUGUAUAUGUUGUUGUAGGGUUAAUGUGCUAAUUGAAUUACUGCACCAUAGUUUUCUCCUUGGUAAGCUGUUCUGCACACUUUGCCAGUGCUGUAUAAUGUAAGCCCAAGCAUUGUCUGCUAUAUAGAGUGUCACCAUAUAACAUGUACAAUUAAACCAUUGAAUAAAGUGGCUGGGUAUCGGAGUCUUAAAUCAGUUUAAGGUUAGAGCCAAAGCCUCAUCGACCAAGGGAGUUGUGUAUGAUGGAGUACAUGAUUAAAUAGCACUGUAAACAUAAAUGUAAUGUUACAGAUCUGUGUCUUGUAGUAAUCAUCCACAUUUUAUAGCCUUUUCUUUUUAUUGUAAAAUGGCUAUAAAAUGGUUCAGAGAAUGAUUAUUAUUUUUUUUAUUUCCCUCCCGAGUGCUUGUCUGCAUAGUUCUAGAUGCCUGAUGGAAUAUGAGCAAUGUUUAGUUUUUUUCGGUAUGCUGCUUUUCUGUUGGUUACUAUGUUUUUUUUGUGUGUAAUUUUUUUUUUUUGGUUUUAUGCAUUUGAGUUUUAAUAAAAUCUACCUUUCCAGA